AUGGCAAGACUAAUUGAUGAUGCUGACUACGAUGCCGGCGAAACGGACCUUGUUGAAAAUUUGAAGAGCGAGACCAGCGGGCAGUUCAAAAAUUUGAUCACGCUUAUGAUGUUUGAUCAUUUUUAUGCUCUGGCGCACUCGCUUUACAAGGCAAUGAAAGGUGCUGGCACCGACGAGUUAACCCUGAUCGAAAUCCUCUGCACGGCCACCAAUCAGGAGCUCGAGCUAAUCAAGGAGGCUUACAGUCAAGGUUGUACCAAAUUGCCAUCUGCAUAUUUUUUUAAUUAA